UGCUAUCAGUUAAGGAGCGCAACCUAAGCGGGACUUUAUCUUCUUAGCAGUUAGAACGUGUAUAACUUUUUCAAUCAUUUAGUAAUUGCCACUCUUUUCGUGCGUCCCUCGCUCAUUGGCUAGACCAACCAUGCAUCUCGCUACUCUCCUCACUCUCGCCUGCAUGGCUGUCAGCGCCAAUGCGUUUCAAUACCCAGACUUUGUCCCAUUGCACCGUCGCCAGGACCCCGGUACGCCUGAAUACGACUGCCAUGCAAACUGCGGGGGAGUGAUCGUUGCUGCUCGUAAAGACGGCUACUGCGAUACUGACACCUUCAAAACUGAGUUAUCUGACUGUCUCAAUUGCGCUCUCAAGUACGACAUCUGGAAGUAUUACAGCGCGUCCGUUUCCAAGGCCGCUACGGGAUGUGGUGUGGACGCCACCCCUGUCGAAGCGUCCUCCACUACAACUACUGCCGCUGCUAGCGCCAGCGCUACUGAAACCGAAAACUCAGUCACCUUAUCCCCGUCGUCCACAUUGACUGACACCGCUGCAACCACGGGUGUAACCUCUGCUGCCUCUAGUGUUGAGCCUAGCUCUAGCGGUGCGGUGAGCUCGACACCCGCAGCAUCUACUGUGGUUUCCUCUGCGACACCUUCUCAGAAUUCGACUGGCGGCGCUUCGCCGAGUGUCAGCUUAUUCCCUGGAGCUGCUUCUACCAAUUCGCGCGAUGGAUUGCUGCUUAGUGUACUAGCUGGAUGUCUCGCCGUGGCACUUUUGUAAAGGGAUCUUGAAUACUUGGUGGAACGCUGCCAAGUGAACAGAUUAAGUGGAGUAACGAGAUAGUACUCUACUGUGAAUAUCUCUAGGCCGUUAAAGUUAUUCGGCGAGGAAGCGAGUGGC